AUGGUCAAUGCUAAAGAGAGUUUCGAAAAUAAGAAGUGGGAGGAUUUGCUUACCUAUACGAAAGAGGCAAUUGAACAAGGAGUGGACUUAAGCACUGAGUUGUAUAUGAACAGAGCCGAAGCUUUCCUGGCUGCCAAUCUCGUAGAAGAAGCUGUCUCAGAGCUCUCCAGUGCCAUCCUCAGUCUGUUCAAGAAAAAGCAUGGCUUCAAGUCGCCAGGGAAGAAGGAAGAAGAAGCUGAAAUCAACGAAGAACACUUUAAGAAAGCCACUUGGGAUAUCUCUGAAGAGAAGUGUGACCUUUUGUUGGAGAUUGAAGAAGAAGAGCUUCAGGAGCUUGAAGAUGAUUUACUUGAUCGUGUGAAGGGUCUUGAAGGGGCUGUUUCACUGAUCAAGAAGUUCUAUCAGCCACUUAUCAAUCAAAGAGCUGAUCGUAUUCAGAUUUUGAAAGGGAAGAAAGAGAGGUUCUGCACGGAGAAGCUUGCUCAGUCGCUGAAGAAAAAACAG